UUUCUCUGCAAUAUCUUUAAUUUAAUGAAAACUAUUAUCUGCAAAAGAUUUGUACAGACAACAAAUGGCAAAGGACGAGACAUCUCUGUACCAGCAGUUGUUGAAAAAUACAACCACACAAUGGGAGGAGUCCAUCGGGGGGACCAAUCAAUUCUACAGUUUGAACCCCAGUUCAAAAGUCUAAAAAUGUGGAGAAAGCUCCUCUUUCACAGUCUUGUCACAGCAGCGGUUAACGCAUUUAUUUGCUACCGCGACACUUUCCUGGUUCAGCAAAAAUUGAACCAUCUAAAAUUCCAUCAGCAACUCUGCCAGGAAUUGAUAGGAGGAUACAGGCAGGGUAGCAGAAACAGACAGAUGAGAUUGGUGCCUGUACAGCACAGAACCUUAGCGAGGCUCACCGAGAGGCAUUUCCCGUCCGUCAUUCCAGAAGGGAAAAGGAAGAAGUGCGUGGUGUGUGCUGGAAAUGACCGUUUCAAGAAAACACGCAUCCAGUGGUGGUGUCAAGACUGUGAAGUGGGGCUGUGUGUCGACCGCUGCUUUAGGCUUUACCACACCCGAUUUCAUUUUAAAUAAAUGACAAAAAUAGCGAAAGAGAAAUAAGGGGACUGUGUAAAA